AAUGUCAAUCAUCAAACAAACUUUACAGGAGUUUGAUAUGCCAUCAUUUGUUGUUUCUCAGAAAGAGAUGGCGUGGAGGGCCCUGGCAGCGUUGUCCCUGCUGCUGUGUUUCAGCUCAUCUUGCUGUGACGAUACUCAAGAUCAUUUCUUGUCUGAUACCGUCAUCAACAAUGUCGUUCAGGACCCGCAAACGGGCCGAAUUUACGUGGGUGCCAUUAAUAACAUCUAUCAGCUAAACUAUGACCUGCUGAAGGAAAGCAGUGCUGUAACAGGCCCUAAGAAGGACAACCCACACUGCACUCCACCAAUCACUGCACAUUGCACUGAUGCAAAGGAUAUGGACAACAUCAACAAACUCCUGCUGGUUAACUCCGCCAAUGGCAACUUGAUUGUUUGUGGAAGCCUUUUCAGGGGCAUCUGCUCUUUGUUAAACCUCAACAGUGUGGACAAACAGGUGUACUACAGUGACACUAAAGGCGAGAAGACAUACGUAGCCAGCACAGAGGAGUCUGUUACCGUUGUGGGAGUAAUUUCUUAUUUUAUAGAUGCUGAUACUAAUGCAAACCUCAGUGUAUUUCUUGUAGGUAAGGGCUAUGGUAGCUCAGACAGUGCGAAACUCAUUAGCACCCGUUUGCUGCAGGAGUAUGGAGACAUGGAUGUCUUUGAGAACAUUGUUGAUGCUUCCACUGUGCAAGCUAGUCCUUUUGUCCAGCGUUACCUCCACGACUUUCGUCAUGCUUUCAAAGACAAUGGCUACAUCUACUUCUUGUUCUCACGUACUCCAGGCACCAGCGACAGUAGGAAUAGCACAUUUAUAGCACGUCUGUGCGAGAAUGACCAUCAUUACUAUUCUUACACAGAGCUCCAGCUUAACUGCUCCGUCAAAACUGAACAACAGGAGAACACAUACAACAAGGUCCAAGCAGCAUAUCUGGCCAGACCAGGAGAAGUUUUGGCUAGGGAGAUCAUCCCUUCGAAUCUCAACGAUAAAGUUCUGUUUGCUGUGUUCAGCGCGGAUGAGGAUGGUGGCCAUUCUGCCUUGUGCAUGUACCCGCUCAGCAGCAUUAAUGCCAGGCUUAAGGAGGUGAUUGAGUCCUGCUACAUAGGAGAAGUUCUGGAGGACGAGAAACCAAAGACCGUUUAUUCACCCUACAUCUCCAAGCCCGAGGCCAUCUGCAAGACCAAAAGAGACAAGGAAAUGGUGAAGGCAUAUAAGUGCGGUGCAGAGUUCCUUCCAUCUCCACUAGCCAGUAAACCUGAGUACGCUCUGGCUGUCAAACCCAUCUACACCCGAAAUGACAUGCUGACAGCUGUAGCUGUGGCAGUGGAGAAUGAGCACACUGUGGCAUUUUUGGGAACCAGUGGAGCAGAUGUUUUAAAGGUGCAUCUUAACCCCAGUCACCUUGGUCUUUAUAACAAGAUUUCAGGGGAACGCGCAGAUGGUGGGGUGAACAAAAACCUCUUUUUUAAUUCAAAUUUGGAUAUCUUGUACAUCACGACUGGCAGAAAGAUCACCAAAGUCCCAGUGCAGGCCUGUGAACAGAAGAAUGAUUGUCAAUCAUGCAUCUCCCAACGGGACCCAUAUUGUGGCUGGUGUGUGUUGGAAGGCCGUUGUACUAGAAAAAAGGAUUGUCACAAAGGACUAGAAGAGAACGCUUGGUUGUGGAGUCCAAAUCAAACAUGUGUAUCUAUUAAGUCCUUUAAGCCCCCCAACAUGAGCUGCAAGAAAACAGAAAGUACACAGGUGAUGAUUGACAUCCCCUCCCUCCCCAGUAUCAGCAGUUCUUAUAAACUCCACUGUGAGUUUGAUAGCUACAAAAGUCUAGCAACUAUGCAAGGCACAAAGGUCAUCUGUGAACUCCCGACCUCUGAGAACAUACCACCCACACCUGAGACACAAGAUUUUGUGGCAGUGCCAGUGAAGAUCACGGUUAAUGACAGCAUUGAAGUGGCAUCUAGUAAGUUUGAGUUCUACAACUGUGCAGACGUGGUAAAGAGAUCGGAAAAUACACCAUGCAUUGCAUGUGUGACCAGUAAGUGGGGCUGCCAGUGGAACAUUCAGGAUCACACGUGCAGUGAUAGAGAUGACACAGUCAAGGGUGAUCAUAUCAUACAACACAUGCAGAGUGACAGUUGUCCUCAGUUUGAGAUGCCAGAACCUCUGCUUAUUCCUGUAGGAAUUAAAACCCCCAUCCAAUUUCAGGGCAAAAAUUUGAAGAAAUAUGAGAAAAGUACCUUUCAGAUCGGCACUGAGCUCAUGAAACAGGUGGACGAGGUGACUGAGUUGACUAAAGGGUCAAAGUACAGAUUUGAGGGAUAUAAGUUUGAAUAUGACAAAGAGCCAGAGGUGAAUGUGACAUUCUACAUAGAGGAUAAAAGCAUGGACAGGAAGAUUGACAGCACCCUCAGAGUGGUGCUCUACAACUGCUCUGUUAGACGUGAGGACUGCAGUUUGUGUAAGAACGCUGAUCAGAAGUAUAACUGCGUGUGGUGCGGCACAACAAAAUCCUGCAUCCACAGAGACCUGUGCACACAGGAGGAGGGACAGUGUCCUCCUCCAACGAUCACUGACAUUGUUCCCCAGUAUGGGCCGUUACAUGGACAGAUCUCUGUCACAAUAAAAGGCUCAAACUUGGGCAUCAAGCAGGAGGACAUUAAGAGAAUCACUGUGGCUGGAGUGCCUUGUACUCAUCAGCCGGAGAGAUACACCGUCAGUACCAGUGUUGUGUGCGAGAUUGGGCCUAGUAUUGGCAGAAUAUCUGGGCUAGUGGAAGUGGAGGUGGAAGGAGGGAGAACAGGACAGUCCAAAGUGCCUUUCACUUACAGGAAUCCUGUCCCGAAAGCUGUGUCCCCCUCUAAAGGCCCAGCCGCUGGAGGAACCGUCAUCACUAUCAUGGGAGACGACCUAGACACAGCUAGCAUAGAUGACAUCAGCAUCUCAGUGGACAAAGAGCCGUGUAAAGUGUUGACAUUUGGCAAGAAUAUCACUUGCAUGACAAGCCCAUAUAAAGGACAGAAGAUUCCUUCUGAAAGUCUUCCCGUUUUUAUAAAGUAUGGCAAAGUCAAAUUAAAAGAAUUUGCCGGAUUCGAAUACUCAACCAAUCCCAAAGUUACAGAUUACUCCCCACGGGCCAGCUUUGUUUGCGGAGGUCGUAAGAUCAUAGUGAUGGGAUCUGGAUUUGAUCAGGUGCAGAAUGCCACCAUGCGAGUGCUGCCCUCUUCUGACGAGUUCAGUCACAAGUCUAGUAAUGUGGAGUUCAUUCAAAAAUGUGAGUACAAGAACGAAAGCGUACUGGAGUUCCUCUCUCCCACUGUGAACAAGACAUACAUACACCAGUCCUUAAGAACGAUCAUCCAGCUGGACAACUUGGUAGUGAACUUGACAGAGUUUGUUUACCAUCAAGACCCCUCGUUCAUUACUUUGACUGAUAAAGCCAUCACAGAAAACAGCAUCAUCAACGUUAAUGGUAAAGGUUUUUCCAAAGCCAUGACUGCCAAAGAGGCCAAAGCGUUUGUGGGUGAUGAGCAAUGCCUGGUGACAAUCCUGGAGGAUGAUAAGCUGUUCCUCGUGGCCCCCUCCAGCCCUCCCAAAUCCACCUCCAGACGCCAGCGCAGAGACACCAGCUCAGAGGCUAUAGAGCUGAUGAUCAUAUUCGGAAAAGGAGAGUGGAAUGUCGGCUCAGUUCGCUUUGAGAGGAAAUACGAGGUUCCUCUUUACAUCAUCAUUCCUGCUGUCCUCAUUCCCAUGGUCCUCUUCAUUGCAGUGUCAAUCUAUUGCUACAGGAGGAAAAGCCAGCAGGCGGAACGAGAGUACGAGAAAAUCAAAAAUCAGCUUGCGAAUUUAGAGGAGAGCGUCCGUGAUCGCUGUAAAAAAGAGUUCACAGAUCUUAUGAUCGAGAUGGAGGACCACACGAGUGAUCUGAAUGAAGCUCGAAUCCCAUUCCUGGACUACAAGAACUACACCAACCGCGUUUUCUUCCUGCCCUCCAAGGAUGGUGCCAACGAUGUCAUGAUCACUGGCAAGCUGGACAUCCCAGAAGCCCGUCGAGCCACUGUAGACCAGGCGCUCAACCAAUUCUCCAAUCUCCUGAACAGCAAAACCUUCCUCAUCAAUUUCAUUCGUACCCUGGAGGGCAGCCAAGAGUUCAAUGCCAGGAAUAAGGUUUACUUUGCUUCCUUGUUGACGGUGGCGCUCCAUGGAAAGCUGGAGUACUACACAGACAUCAUGAGGACCCUCCUGCUGGAGCUGAUGGAGGAAUACAUCCACAGCAAGAACCCUAAACUCAUGCUCCGCAGGUCCGAGACUGUUGUAGAGAGGAUGUUGUGUAACUGGAUGUCCAUAUGUCUCUACCAGUUCCUGAAGGACUCAGCCGGGGAGCCGCUCUAUAAGCUCUUUAAGGCCAUUAAACACCAGGUGGAAAAAGGUCCAGUUGAUGCCAAAAUGAAGAAAGCCAAGUACACUCUAAACGACACCGGACUUCUGGGAGAUGAUGUUGAGUACUCUGAUUUGACCUUACAGGUGUUGGUUCAUGGCGAGGGUCCCGAUGUGACCCCUGUCAAAGUCCUGAACUGUGACACCAUCUCCCAAGUGAAGGAGAAAAUCAUCGAGCAGGUAUACAGGAAUCUGCCGUACUCCCAGAGACCCACGGUGGACAGCGUCGCACUCGAGUGGCGUCCUGGGUCUACAGGGCAGAUCCUGUCCGAUCUGGAUUUGACAUCGCAGAAAGAGGGAAAGUGGAAACGAAUGAACACACUGGCCCAUUACAAUGUGAGAGAUGGUGCCAUCCUGGUCUUGUCCCGAGUUCUGCACACCCAGCAGUCUUUCGACCAGAACCAAGACAACCAUGAAGAAAGAAAUGCUUUGCUGGAGGAUGAUAAAGUAUUUCACCUGGUGAGACCGGCAGACGAGCUGGAUGAUGUGAAAUCAAAGAGAGGAAGUAUGAAAGACAAGGCCUCGACGAAAGCCAUCACUGAGAUUUACCUGACCAGACUCCUCUCUAUGAAGGGCACGCUGCAGCAGUUUGUGGAUGAUUUCUUCCGCAGUGUGUUGUGUUCUGGGACUGUGGUUCCUCCUGCAGUCAAGUAUUUCUUUGACUUCCUGGACGAGCAAGCACAGAAACAUGACAAUGUUGAUGAUGAGACCAUCCACAUAUGGAAGACCAACAGUCUUCCUCUCCGGUUCUGGGUAAACAUGUUGAAAAACCCUCACUUCAUCUUUGACGUUCAUGUGACUGAAGUGGUGGACGCCUCUCUUUCCGUCAUCGCUCAGACCUUCAUGGACGCCUGCACCAAGACUGAGCACAAACUUACCCGGGACUCCCCCAGCAACAAACUGCUUUAUGCAAAGGAAAUCUCCACUUACAAGAAGAUGGUUGAUGAUUAUUACAGAGGCAUCCGUCAGAUGGUUCCAGUCAGUGACCAAGACAUGAACACACACCUUGCAGAAGUUUCACGUUCUCAUACAGAUAAGUUGAAUACCCAGGUUGCACUGCACCAGCUUUACCAGUAUGCCAGCAAGUACUACGAUGGGAUCAUCUCAUCGUUGGAGGACGACCCUGCCGCCCAGAGCAAACAGCUGACCCUGAGACUGCAGCAGAUCGCCGCCGCAUUGGAGAAUAAAGUGACCGAUCUUUAGUGUCGCGGAGCCCAGACUCAAGAAAAGAGACGGAAGUGCCGCUAAAUCUAAGACAGAGCUCAAUUUAUUGGGCUCAAAAAUACAAACAGCCCUUCUGGAGGACUCUAGUUGAUGGAGCCUCCACUCCGUCGAGUGAAAGAUAAAGCGCGGGGGGAACUCAGACUAAUUGGGGCCCCUUCCUCUCCACAUGGCUUUCAGCUUCGCUUUUGAUUCAGAGGGACAAACCGAAUAUACUCUGACCUGAGGGGAACAUCACAACCGUCGAGGAGAGUGAAAACUCACUAUGGUACUUCUCAGAUCAGCACCUGCACAAUGAAAACCCAGCAUUUUAUUUUCGUGUUCUGCUAUGCCAAUAAUCAGAUGUUCAGUAUAUUCUUCCCGUGUAGAUGAAUUCAAAUAGUGUUAUAUGUAAAUAUAUUUUUACACUCGAGGCUUUAGACAAAACAGAUCGCUUACUGUCUCCGUGGAAGCCCAAUAUUUUGUUUUCCUGUGUAUUUUAAGUGCCACUCUCUUUUUGUGCAGUGAUGAUGUCACAUCCUGUGGGUUCUUUGACGCCAUUGGCUCACGGUUCAGUUUGUGGUACCACUAUGGGUUUGUGUUGGUGUUUGUGAUGCUGACGUCCGAGCCAGUGCUUAUUUUGUCCCUCCCAAGUAUUUUUAGCAUAUUGUAUCGGUGAUUGCGUACAGAAAUGUCAUCAAGUCCAAUUCUAAUUUAACCAAAGUGCAAAAGAGCAGACCAUAAUUGUCAAGCGACUGUCCACGUCUCAGAAACACGGCUAAAGCACACUUGAUCCAUGACACACAGACACCACGGAAGCUUUGAUCCAGCGGUUGCGUUUUUAUGUUUUGUACCAUGUUUGCUUUUAUAUAUGUGCACUUCGACACAUUGCUUGGCUUAUUUUAUGACAGUUAUGAUUUUGUAUUUUAAAUCAACAAUAUUUGAUUUGCAUCGCUGGUUGCUUUUCUUAAGAAAUAUUUAAUACGUACAUAUGGUAGAGAAUUUCCUUUAAUGUGAGAAUGAAAUACUGACGAUCGUGACUUUGCUUCAACUGCAGAACUGUGGACUGAGAGCGACUCGUAUGCCAAUUAAAUCAUGAAAUCAUAGAGUUUUCAUUUAGUUUAUUGGUACUAAAAUACUUUUUUUUUAAUGUCAUUUUUUAUUUAGAGCUUACCAAAGUUUAAAUAAAUUGUUUGCAGCUGUUUGCAACCAUCUUACGCUUCUGUUGUUUUAUGUGUAUCAAAUUAUCUAGUUUAAAGUGUAAUCUAAUGAAUAAAAAAGAUAUAAUGGUAAGGCAGCUGAUGGUAAGACUGAUGGUGUAACAGAAAUUUUUGUUAAUGGUACGCUUUUCCUACCUGUAUGUUCUGACUCAAAUGUGCCAACAGUAUAUCGUUUCUUCACAAACUUUACUAGUGUGACUCGUGUUGCCUUUGGUAGGCGGUGACAGUCACACUGCAGCCAAUCAGAGGCUGGCACCGCCCAUUCUGAGCAUGAUGGACACAUCAGGAAAUGCCUCUGAACUGUAAAUAUAGCCCAACUGCCAAGAUUUCAUGUCCUUCUCUCCCUUUUCUCGCUCUUCCUGCCAGUUCUUCUGUGUUGUCUAGCUAUGACGGUGUAAAUGGCUUAUUGUAAAGCUUCUUGUUUGCCUUUCUUUACCAGGUAGUGCCUUACAAAUAUGAGUAAUAAUGAUCAAUUGUGUGGUGAUUGUGUCUGCAUUAAAACUGCAAUAGGGACUUUA